UCGCGGCAAAAAAGAUUUCGCGCGAAAACCGUCCGAGCCUUGUUUAGAUGUAGAUCAGCUGGGACAAUAACAACAAUAAUAGCCGAUAACGGGGUCGGACGGGGUCGCAGGGGGCUUUUAUAAAUGGACCGCGCCCGGUGUGAGCAACUGACGGACCAGCAACUGCUGUUUUAAAGGAUUCGCGUGAUUUCACCGGUUUAUUUCCUUAUAUUUCCAGUUUUGUCAGAGUGCUUCCUGCGUGCCCCAACAAAACGAGGGGGUUGAAAAAUUGCGGCUAAUAACUCAGCUAGCAUGCUAAUCUGUCCUAUAUUUUUAAAUGUAACGAUAUCGCUUCAUACUCCGCUGAACUAACUGCCGCUUUAUUACACAUAUUCUCAAAAAUGCUUUUAAGUUAUGGUAAUGUAUUUAGCAUUGUGGAUAUUUUAUUUCGAUAGCUCACUCCUGGAAAUGCUGCUAUAAAGUUUUGAUAGCCAUUUAACUGAGCCCCGUCUUAGCUGUAAAUAUAAAUAAUAUUGUUUUAUACACUUAGAUAGCUAGUUUCUCGGCUGCACCGGGUUGUUUGUUAACUUGUGUCCGUCUUUGUUGUCAGGACAUAAGCUAGCUCGUUAGCAGUGUUGGUAGUUGUGUUAAGGGCAGUGUGGCCAGGCCUCGCGGCUGUACUGUACUACCAGGAGAGAUGAAAACAAAAGAUUAGCUUGCUCCCUUGCUAGCUCGCUAACCAACAGCGUUAAUUUCUGCCACGGCCAAUUUGCGACUCUUCUUUGAUCAUAUAUCAGCGGCUGAGCCUCAAGGCGCAGAGUUGGUAUGCGUUUAGCAAUAUUGUUUUCUCUGCCAAAUUAGCUUUUUGGCAGAAAAGCCUGUCUUGCUGUUUCUCCACCAGCCUAAAAUAAUGUUACAGCAGUUAGCUCACAAUAGGUUAUCAUAUAUGUUUAAGUAAUGUUGUUAAUCAGAAUGCAUUUGUAGUAGAUUGUUUAUAAGCAAUAAGAUGGACAAUAGAGAAAGGGGAACUUUUUAAAGAAAUGUUCAAGCUGCCUAUGAACACCUACAGGCAAACUUUUAGAAGGUUUCAUUAUUGUUCCUUAAAUUAAAGUACAGAAAAUCCAAGUGGGUGUUGAUACUGAAACUGCAACAUCUUAGUUUGCGACCCCUUAAGUCCAGUUGAAGGGGUACUCAGUGACACACUGCAAUGUCAGAGACUCUGAUAACAGGGCAGACAUCGGAGGAUCUGUUGGCUGACUUUGAGACUUUGCUGAACUCUGGGACUAUUGACCUGGGUGGGGACCAUCAGAUAGUGAUCAUCACCAGCCCCAGCAAUGAGGGACUGCACCCAGCCGCGGCCCCCACCAGCACAGGGGAAAUCCUGCUGUUUGCCACGCCACAGGGCCCUGUUGAUGUGGGGAUCCAGGACAAGAGACGACCGGCUCUGGGAAGACCUCCGGUAAAGAGAAAGUUGGACCUGGAUAGUGACCAUCAGUAUGUCAGCACCACUCGACCGUCCAUAGGCCCAGCACCACCCUCCACACCUGCCCCUCCCAGAGUUCCUCGAACCACGACGGAGAAGUCACGCUAUGACACUUCCUUGAACCUGACCACCAAGCGCUUCCUGGACCUGUUGUCCCAGUCGGCUGACGGCGUGGUGGAUCUGAACUGGGCUUCGCAGGUCCUGGAUGUCCAGAAGAGACGCAUCUACGACAUAACCAACGUCCUGGAGGGAAUCCAGCUCAUCUCCAAGAAGUCCAAGAACAACAUCCAAUGGCUUGGUAACCGAGUUGAUGCGGCAUUGGUUGCCCGCCAUAAGGAGUUGCAGAGGGAGGUGUGUGACCUCACAGAGGCGGAGGAGCAGCUGGACGAGCUCAUUUCCAAAUGCAACCUGCAGCUCAGACUGCUCACAGAGGACCCACAGAACAAGAAGUUGGGCUACGUGCGCUGCCAGGACUUAAGAAAUUCAUUUGAUUCCCCGGACCAGCUGGUCAUGGUGAUCCGAGCUCCACCAGAGACCCAGAUGCAAGUUUCAGAACCCAGCCAGGGUUACCAGGUGUCGUUGAAGAGCACGCGGGGUCCAAUUGACGUCUUCCUCUGUCCAGAGGACAGUUCCGGCGUCUGCAGCCCCGUGACAGGAAGUAGUCCCUCUAAACCCAAUGCUGACCCCUCCCUGGUGCCUCCUCCCACAAAACCCACCGACCAAUCACAAGCCAGAACGUCCACAACAGCCCUGGAAGAGGGUUUAUCAUCGCCAGCGUCCACGUCAUCCACAGUGACCGCAACCUCCCAGCAGGACCCGUCAUCACUGGUGUUAGGUGGGGACACAGAAUCGCUCCUGGGAGGCGACCCCUUCUCCAACCUCGGAGACAUGCCCGAUUUUGACCUCUCACCCCUCUCCUCGGCGGACUUCCUGAGUGGAGAUGGCCUUCUUCUCCCACUGGAUGGUUUUAUCAAUCUGUCCCCCCCACAUAGUCACGACUACCACUUUGGACUGGAGGACCAUGAAGGCAUCAGUGAACUGUUUGAUUGUGACUUUGGUGACCUAUCGCAUGUUUUGGGGGACAGUUAGUGGGCGUCCAGAUUUCGGACAUUUCCUCUGUUCCCUGGGGCUUCUAAAAGAGGCCUUGAAAUCAAAAUGUUGGGGGCAAAAAAAAAAAUCAAUUUUAAUUUUUUACUUGUGCAGUGUGGGAAAAUGUUUUGUGUAGUAAUUGCCUGUGAUGCUCAAAAUGCCACCCUAACUACAACAUCUCAGUCCCCAAAACUGUACAGCACAUUAUUAGCACUUCUCUUUGGCCAUUUAAGUCUUAGAUCCAGACUUUAGCUUUAGUAUAGCUAUUUAAAUUAUUUAUAUGAAUGUUAUUUUGAUAUUUUGUACAAAGUGCAUUUUUUUUGUUGCUAUUGAUAAUGUUUUAUCCAAGUGCAGGUGUUUGUGUGUAGAGUAUGGACUCAUGGGGCUGGUUUCCUUAACACUGAUUAGCUUACAUGCUACUAAUUCAUAAUGCUGGUUUUUAGACACCUCAGUCUGCAGUGUUUUCUCCAAAGGGGAAAGGUUUGCAUCCCACUGCUGUGCUGCGUCAAUGAAAUAGCAUUAUGAGGAGUGCAGAUUCAGUGCUGAGCUGUCAAAAAACGUCUCGGAGCUGCGGCGCAGUUUCACACUUUCAGUAGUUUUCCCCACAAUGACCGAGGUCAUUAUAAGCACAAAAGUAAAGGCUUCUCCAUGAAUAAUUUGUUUUAUCUAAAACACUGGAAUCCUAACAGAAUGGUUUCUCUAAUGUCACUGUGUCUGACAGUGACACUCAAGGUAUCAUUGCCAACUUUUAAUGACUAGAUUUGUAGAUUUGCACAUGUUUUACUGUCUCCGAACGUGAAUUAACAAGGAUUUGUAAUAAAUAGCUAAUUAGCAAUUUUUAAUUGCCCUCGAAACCCACUGACCAACAGAUGGGCUGUCUUUACAAGGCUGUAAAUAUUUAUGUGGAAAAUGAACACAAACAAGAACUUAAAUGCUUUUGGGGAGCUUGACUCUCAUCUUUCUUCAAAUAAAUGGUAGCGUAAAGGGUUACCAUGACAUUUUGAAUUUUAAUAACCGUUCUUCGAAAGACAUUUCCAAAGGUAGAGACUCCACAGUGUGACCAAUAAUGUAGGUUUGAAGGAAAAAUAAGCAAUUCCAAUCUGAAAGGUCCAGAUGUAUUUUGUCGGUGUGCAGGAAACCAGGUGAUGAUAGUCUGCUACAGGUUUGCUAGUGAUGAAAAACUAAUACUGAAUAUGUUCUCUAUUAGUUAGCUAGGCGUUUAGCCAUAGUCUCAGGUGUUCGGAGCAGAGUAAAGUCUUAAAUCAAUGUUUUUGAUGCAAACAUGUAUGAGAGUGGAAAUGUUUUGGAUGCAUUUCGUGGGUCUUGUGUAGGUUGGUAAUAGGUUUUACAGGUUUAGAAAAUUCUGGAAGACAGUGCAUGCUUUUUGCUUUUUGUUUUUAGCCAAGGGUUCAAGUGAGAAAAGUUGGUAGACUAAUGCUCCCAAAACCACCCAACUGUUGUUGUCAUGCGGAGAAGCUCCAAGCAGGUCCGAAGCCCAGACACACAGUUAAAGAAGUUCAAUAGAUCCGCACGGACCAUACACGCAUAAUUGCAUGUUUUAAAAAGCAUUCAGUGUGUGUGUGUUUUUUUUUUUUUUUUUUUUAAAGCUGCAUCUUUUCUUUUAGCAGUAUAAGUGGUGUAGAGCAGUGAUGACUUUAGAAAAGGGUUAAGUGGAAGGGAUGGACUUUUUGAUAGGAAUUCAAAACAGGGACAUGCUGUUGUUCAUUAUAUGCACUUCAGAUCAGUUGAGAAAGUUAAUGUUCAUGCCUUAAAUCAAUGACCUCUACCAGGUAAAGGGAGGUACCUGGGAUAUCUUAUCUCAGCCCCAAAAGGAUCAAUUCCUUGUUUUUCUACGAUAGUCACAUCAGGCUCUGUCUUCACGUACUACAAACGUGCAUGCCUUGCUCCUUUGGGAACCACAUUGAUUUUCAGUUUAAAUAAGCAGCAAUAACAAAGACAUUUUUACAUCAUGCACUCAGAGUAUGAGAUGAAAAACUGUCCUACUACGUGUCAUGUAUUGUCUUAGUUAGCAAUGUCUGCGUCAAACUUUUUGCGUCAAAGUUAUGUAAGCUAAAGUAUUGGGUUUUAAUUUGUCUGUGUGUGUGUGUGUGUGUGGGUGCAUGUGUGUUGAAAAUACAAAUUGUUUUGUUGAAUUUCAUAUUUAUUUAAGAAAAAAAGGGGUCAAUAGAAAAAAUGGUACACUUGGUACAUUCAUUUCCUGGCAGUGACUUUACACCUAUUCCAUCACCAAAGAGGUUGUGAUAAUAAUAAGAGGCAACGCUCACGUUGUUGGAGUGUCGCCUCUUACUAUUAUAACCUCUUUGCUUUUACUUGGUAAAUCCAAGCAAGUCAUUUGUUGAUAAAUGUGUCCUUCCGUGGUGAAAAGAAGUGUUUUAUUUGUAAAUGAGCUUCUCGUCAGUAGCACAUUUAUAUUUAGAGAUUUUUUUUAAUUUCCCUUAUAUAGAAUAUAUUUCCCCGUCUUACCUGUUGUCCUUCUGCAACCUUUGCGUUGGCUUAUGAUGCAACAAAAAAAAUUCAGGAAUACAUUUAUUUGUCGUUUUGACUGAACCGACUAAUGUGUGUAAUUCUUCAUACCUUCUUUAGUCACGGCCUUCUCUCCCAAAUCAGUUUAGAUGAUGGAUAUUUCCAUGUUGCAGGCAACCUAGCUAAUCUAAGGUUGUACAUGUAUCGUAGUGUAGCCUUCGGGUGCCUCAAACUGUCAUGUGAGUGUGUGAAUACUUUAUAACUACAGCCAUCUUUUGUUUCCUUUAUCUUCAGGUCUGUGGAAACCAUAAUAUAAUGCGUAAUUUAAACAGCUUCUGAACAUGUUUCAACUGACAGCGGUGUUACAAGCCACUAAAAUGUUAGGCUCCUUUAGUCACCCUUAGAAUGUAUAUGGCAUUUUUUUGUCUUUCUCUGCGUUUAACUUCCAAACUGAGCGACAUUGUUGUUGAAUGUCAGCAGUUCAUGUUGUCAACCUGUCAUAUGUUGCAUCGUGUUUCUGUUCUCUGCAGGACAAAUGCAGUGCCUUGUUAAGGUAGAAUCUUAAUUGUUAAUUAAAUGUCAAAUCAGGAUUUUGUUUCGUGUGCAGCCGUGGUGAAAGAAUGCAGUGUUUUCAGGUGUUUUGUGUGGUCUUUGUAGCAUUUUGUUUGAAAAAGUUUAAGUGAAGAUAAGCACCAGGGUUGAAAUCAAAUCACCUUCAGUUAAUUUUUUUAUUUUAUUUUUAAACUCGUUAUAAGAAAACUAUAUAAGAUUGUAGGAAUCAAAGCACGAAUGAAUUCAGUUUUAUACAAAGGUGACUUUUCAUGUGUUGAGGUCACUGCGGGGUACAAAAAAGUUUUAAAAGUGCAAUCUGCUAUAUAAUUGUGGUUUAACAGACCUAAAGUGAAUUGACUUCAACCCUGAUUCAGUCGCUGUUCAAAGUGCUUUUAAGAGAAACUGUAGCUUAUCCAGCAACUUAACAAUCAAUCAGUUUUUUUGUGUGUUUUCUACAAAAAAAUGUUUGUCUCUACAUACUGGGUAAAACAAAUACAGAUUUGUACUUGUGAAUUAUUAAUGAGCCCCGAAUAUGCCCUUUUGUAUCAAAUUUUCUUUGACAAAAAUAAAAAAAUUAACUAUUUUGCUUUGA